CGGGUCGAAAGUUUACUUUCGACCCGUGGGCCGAAAGUAAAAGUCAAAAAAUACAAUAAAUUUUAAAAAUUUCAUUUACUUUCGGCCCACGGGUCGAAAGUAAACUUUCGACCCGUGGGCCGAAAGUAAAAGUCAAAAAAGUGACAUUUUCGAACUUUUUAAAAGUCAGUAUAGUCAACAUUACAUUUAUGAUUGUAAAUAAUAAGUAUUUACCUACCUGUCCAUUAAUAUUUCGACUUUCAAUAUUCGCAGAUACGAAACUAUAGGUAGGUAUUAAAGCUGCAUUGAAACUAUUAAUUAGAGUUUUCUAGAGGAUUUAAUUGGCCUAAUUACGUUAAGAUAUACCACUUUUUUUUUUCGAGCGACUAAAGUUAAAUGUAAAAUAACUAUAGAAAAAAAUUCAUGUUCAGAAAACUUCUCCCAAGAAAUUUUAUUCCAAUUUCAAAGACGCUAUGUACUUUAAAAAAAUACUAAUCUAUAAUAGCUAGGCGCCUAUCGCCUAUGGCAUUAGUAUUUUUUCUGGAGACAACAUUGAACUGAUGCGAGUUAAUAAUACUUCCCAGAUGCCACACACAUGUGCGAUAACAAUUUAAUUAUUAUUAACGAACACUCCUAUUUCUAUUAAGAAUAAUAGUUGUUUCUCGUAAUUGUUGCAUUUCUUAAUCUGUUUGGUUUUGGUGGUAUAAUGAAUCUCAAAUUUUUCUUGUCUUUAAUUUUACUUAAAUUAGCAAGUGGUAAUAUUGAAAAAUUAAAUCUGGACGCGCUAAAUAAUUAUAGUGAAUUUCUCAAUUUCGGCGAUAAAAAAUUACACAAAAUUAACGGCGGCAACAGUUUGGAAAAUGACAUUUUCAAAUCCAAACUGGAUGUUUUGGGAGAGGUUUUCAAGAAAAAUGUGGACUUUUUUAAAGUUUCUCAAAAGUUGGACAUAGUGUUUUUAGUUGAUGCAAGUUCCAGCGUUGGCGAUCACAAUUUUAAAAGUGAACUCAAAUUUAUUAAGAAAUUAUUAAGUGAUAUUACUGUGGAUUAUAAUCAUACUAGGGUUGCUGUUGUUACUUUUAGUUCACCUAGUGAUACUAUAAAAAAUAUUGAUGCUAUUAGUAAUCCUUUAGAGGAGCACAAUAAAUGUCUUCUACUAAAUGAUCAGUUAAUGAAUAUUGAAUAUAAAGGAGGCGAGACUUAUACAAUAGGAGCUUUUAAAAAAGCAAAGGAAAUUUUUCAUUCAUCCAAUCGUAACGAUUCAAAAAAAGUAAUUUUCCUGGUGACUGAUGGUUAUUCAAACGGUGAAAACCCCGUACCCUUAUCAAAUGAGUUAAAAAACAAUCAAAUUACCAUUUUCACUAUUGGUAUAAGCAAUGGCAACUAUAAGGAGCUUUAUGAACUAUCUUCCAAACCUGGAGAAUUUUACAGUUAUCUUUUAGACAGUUUUGAAGAAUUUGAAAGUUUAGCUAGAAGAGCACUUCAUGUUGAUUUAUCUGGAGGCGAUUAUCUACCUCUAGGAGUUAACACACCCUGUGACAAACUGUGUGACGAAAAAGCAAAUUGUUGUGACGAAAAUGCUUUGUGCACUUGCGGAACCACCACAGGACACUAUUCUUGCACUUGCCAACCUGGAUUUUACGGCUCCGGAAUGAAAAAUAAUUGUUUGCCUUGUACUCCUGGCACUUACUCUGACGGACCAAAUCUUUGUUUGCCUUGUCCAGAUGUCCAUCACACCACCAUAACUCCAGCGCACGGAAUCCAGAGUUGCGUUUGCAAAAGAGGCUUCCAGGCGGAUGAAGCUGGAAUCGGAUGCAAAAUAAUGAAGUGUUCAUUGAUUAGUGCACCUGAUCACGGAUACAUAGUGAAGAAAAAAGAAUGCAGCAAUAUUCUCAACAGUGCUUGUGGGCUUAGAUGUGAAGUUGGAUAUACUUUAGUUGGAAGCAGCAUUAGAUUGUGCCAGGAGGAUGCUAGUUGGAGUGGAUCUGAUCCAACUUGCGAAGUUAAAACCUGCAAUAAGUUAGCAACUCCAAAAUAUGGCUCAGUAAAAUGCGAACAAACCGAUUUGGGUGUAGUUUAUGAGAAAACUGAAAAAAAAUUACCAGUAGAUACUGUGUGCAACUUCACUUGUGAAAAAGGCAAUUCGCUUAUUGGAUCCACUCAAAGAACUUGUCUUCCUAUAGCCCAAUGGGAUGGACUUAGAACCAUUUGCAAACCUAUUAAAUGUCAAAAAUUACCCCAAAUAAAAUACGGCAAAGUCAAGCCAGCUUCCUGUAUGUCUGGUAAACAAGAAUUUGGUAAAACUUGUGAAAUUGUUUGUGAUGAAGGCUUCGAAGUGGUGGGAACCAGCAAUAAAACUUGCGGUAAUCAUGGUUUGUGGGGCAAAAAAGGGGAAGACGAAACUAUAUGCACUGAUGUAACUGCACCUAAUCUUAUUUGUCCUGAAAACAUAACGUCCUCUACAAUACCAGGCACCAAUUAUGGUCAAGUUAUUUGGCAGGAACCAAAUAUAACAGAUAAUUCAGGUUUGGAAGUUUCCGUUUGGCUUAAACCUGGCAUAAUAAAUAUCACAGAUUAUAAGUUCAGCAUUGGACUAACCCCAGUGACGUAUUUCGCUCAAGAUGCUUUCAACAAUGUUAUUAAGUGUACAUUUUUCGUUGAAAUUUUGGACAAGGAACCGCCAACAAUUGAAGGCUGCGAAAAUCCUUCAACAUUUCUAGUAGCGCUAAAUUCACAAGAAAACAUUACGUGGGACGAACCCAACAUUUUUGAUAACUCACAAAAUGUUACAGUUAAAAAAAACCACGAAUUUGGCAAUUUUAAAAUCGGUACCACUUUGGUAACUUAUACGGCAAAAGACCCUUCUGGAAAUGUGAAUAUUUGUAAUAUCAACAUUACACUCGAAGUGUCUCAAUGUCCUGAGUUUGUAUCACCCUCAAAUGGCCAAUCUGAAUGUCAAAACCAAACCGAAGGUGUCCAAUGUGUCAUAACAUGUGAAGAAGGUUACGCGAUUCCUCUACAGUCAUUUGUUCCCACUUUGGACAAUAGUACCAGUUUUGUAUGCAACCAUGCUGAAGCAAUGUGGUUCAACCAGGAAGGCUUAUUGUUUCCAGAGUGUACUGUAAGCGUAGUGCCAGAUGAAACAAUUCAGGAAGGAGAUUUACAAGUUUCUGUGGAUGGUGAUUCGUGUAAUGAUACUAAAAAAAUCCAGGAUAUUGAAAACAGCAUUAAAUCAUCUAUAAGCAACACAAUAUGCACAAGUAAGGAUUGCAACAUUGAUAUAACAUCGGAAUGCGAAGCUGAAAAAUCUGAGGAGGACACUAAUAAAAUUUCGAGAAGAAAGAGACAAUCCGGUGCGACCAUUCUGGAAGAAGUGCCUCAUAAAAACUUGCGACACAAAAAGAAAAAGAAAAUGAAUCUCAAGUUUCAAGUCAGGGGAAAAUAUUCCAACGAAUCCAUAGAUCAAUUUAAUGUGGCCAGUUUAAAUGGCACCGUUAAAAUGAAAAAGGUUAAGUUUGUGUGCCCCAAAGGAUUCAUACCAAGGAAGAAUAGAUGUGUUCAGUGUCCAAGAGGUACUUUCCACAAUUCUACAUCAAACGUAUGCCAAAGUUGCAAUUUCGGAAAUUACAGCGACACUUUAGGCCAAACGCGCUGUACUCAAUGUCCGCCAAAUCAUUCCACCAGAAAAAUGCAUACGAAAAGUUUUAAGGAAUGCAGAGAAAUGUGUCCUCCUGGAACUCACGCUAGAAAGAAAAAAAUAAAACUACCAAGACAACAAAAAAAUGUAUUAGUCGACAGACUCACAUUGAGCCCUUACUGUAAAUCGUGUCCAAUAGGCACUUAUCAGGCUGAACAUGGACGAAUCAAAUGCACCCCUUGUCCUCCUGGUUACACUACCACCAAAACCCAUUCAACAAACAUCUCUUCUUGCAUAUCAACAGCUACAGAGAUUUGCAAAACCCAAAAUAUAUGCAACUAUAACGGCAAAUGCAUUGCAAUUAACCAAUACGAAUUUACUUGUGAAUGUUUUGCUGGAUUUUUUGGUCCUCGAUGCGAAACCCAAAUGUCGCCUUGUGAUUCACAGCCAUGCAAUAACGGAGGAAGUUGUAAUAGUUGGCAAGAGGACAGGUUCAAUUGUAGUUGUCCUCAAAAUUUUACAGGGAAAUUUUGCGAUUAUGCAAUAGGCAAGGAAACUGUUUGCGAUUUCAAAUGCGACAAUGGCGGUACUUGUUUGGAUGUUGGCGAAAAUGAACCUAUUUGUGUUUGUCCACCAGGAUAUUCUGGUGAUAGAUGUGAAGCUCAAACAAAAUAUUGUGAAAAUUUAUUGUGUGAAAACAAUAGCACUUGUGUAGAACAAGGGAAUUCGUUUAACUGUAUUUGUGCUAAGGGUUUUAUGGGACGUCGUUGCAAUAUUCUCCCUUGUGAUUAUAAGCCUUGUGAGGAAACUGCUAUUUGUAUUAAUUUGGAGCUUGAUAAUACCACUAAAAGUGAUUUUAAAUGCGUGUGCCCUGAAGGCUAUGCUGGUCCUAAAUGCUUGGAAAAAAUUGACUAUUGUUUAGGAUUUCAGUGUGAAAACAAUGGUAAAUGCAUUAAUGAAGAGACUAAUUUUAGGUGUGAUUGUGGUAAAUUAUAUUAUGGACAGUUUUGUGAGUUCAAAAGGGACCCUAAUUACAUGCUGAAUUUUUCUCGGUAUGAUGUUAAUGAUUAUGUUAGAUUGAGAGGGUUUGAUGGAAAUCUUACAGAGAUUACUGCUUGUCUCUGGUUGCAAACUUUAGACAACUUUAAUUAUGGUACUUUAUUAUCAUAUGCUACAAGAUAUAUGGAUAAUGCAUUCACUCUUACAGAUUAUACAGGAUUAGUUUUCUAUAUCAACAACAAAUACAUAGUAACAGAUGUUUUUCUGAACGACGGCUAUUGGCACCAUAUUUGUGCAACAUGGAACAGCAACAAGGGUUCUUAUCAAAUAUACGUGGACGGUACUUUAAUUAAAAACGGUACCGAUUUGGCAACCGAUUCGACAAUAGAAGGACACGGCUAUUUGAUUAUCGGUCAAGAACAAGACGUUUUGGGUGGACGUUUCAGUCAAUCUGAGUCGUUUGUGGGCAAUAUGGCUUACGUGGACUUGUGGUCCAAAGUAUUGAGCCUUGAAGAGAUUAUGGCCCAUCAAAACGAUUGUAGCGAUAGUGUUUUCGGAGAUUUAUAUGCUUGGCCUGAGAUGCAAGAGUAUACCAAUGGAAAUAUACAGCGUCUGCCAUCAGCUUUUUGUCAAAAAUGUGAAGAUCCGAAACCAUUAUACAACGGUUUUAUAGACAUGGUGGAUAAUAAAGCUUUCUAUUCGUGCUACGAAGGAUUUGAAUUGAGUAGCAAACAAUUUUUAAAAGGCCGCAAAUGCACUAAAACCUCCAAAUGGGAAGGAUUUUACGAGCCUUACUGUAAAAGAAUAAAUUGUGGAUAUCCGGGUAUAGUUAAAAACGGAUACACUGUAAUGGGUAAUCAAUAUUUCUACAAUGACAAAAUUAGCUAUCAGUGUUUUGAUGGGUUCAAUAUGACUGGUAGUUUGACUAUUAUUUGCAAGGAAGAUGGCAAAUGGUAUCCUAAAAAGCCAAAAUGCAUUGGUGUGCAAUGCACUUUACCCACAAUACCUAAUGGAAAAAUCCAAACUAUAUCCGAAGCAAUUGAAGAAUUAGAAGAUUCUACCAAAGUGGACUUGGAUACGCAAAUUAGCAUAAGUUGUCAUGAAAAUGCCAGCUUAGUAGGAAACUUAUCUGUGGCAACUUGCCUAGAAAAUGGUACAUGGGAUAAUGCAAACUUCACUUGCAAAUUAGCAGAAUCUGAUAAAUUAAAUUGUGAAAUAAGCCGCGUACCUCAACCUCCAGAAAAUUCUUAUAUUGAUGAAGAGAGUCUUCAGGCUGCAAAAAACAGAACCACAGAUUUUGUGAUUUACAAAUGUCAGCCAGGCCACAAAUCAAACGGAUCAAACACUACUACUUGUAUAACAGAUGGGUAUUGGACUGAACCAAAUUUAACUUGCAAGGCCAUUUUAUGCCAACCACCACAAACAAUGAAAAUGAUGUUACUCAAAAACAAGGUAGAAAAUUAUAAAUUUGGUACUGUAUUGAAUUAUCAAUGUCAGGAAGGGUAUAAGAUGAUUGGCAAUAAUGCUAUAAGGUGUACUUUGUUAGGAAGAUGGAGCAAAAUGCAAGGAAAAUGUAUAAGACUAUCGUGUGGUAAACCUCAUGUAUCAUCAAAUGCGCAAAUUGUGGGCAAUUCAUACUUAUUCGGUGAUGAUCUGACUGUUACCUGCCAGAAUAAGGAAACGUAUAAGUUAACCUGUGGAAAAGAUGCUUUGUGGAAUGGACAAAUUGAUGCAAAUUGUUAAUAAUAAGUUUAAUUCUCUUUACAAAACUAGUUUAUUUUGCCUAACAAAUUCUAUAUCACUAUCAGAGUAUUGAGGCUCUUGAUGUUCUUCCCAAAAAUCUUGGGAUAAGAAUUUCAAUUUAUCCAUUGGAAAUAUGUGUAUUGAAGUAUCAUUGAACACUUCAAAUAUUUUAAAAUUAUUAACAAUAUUCAGUUCUAAAACAUAAGGACAAAUUUUGUCAACAUAUUUGACUAAUAUGCCUAAAUCAUCUUCUAUUAUUUUACUAAUACUAUUACCUAUAAUUAUGCAUUUACUUAAAUUCAACCCCCAAUUAGACCAAAGCAAAUUAUUGGUUAAUUGUUUGGGGCAAUGAGGUAGGUAAAACAAGAUUGUUUCAGUGUUUACUUUAUGUUUAGCUUCAACGUUGAGGUUUUCAACUUUAAUACCAAAAUUGGUGAGGAGUUCUUUAUCGUUUUCAUUAAAUAUUGGAUCAAAAGCAAUAAUUUUUGCUUCCAAUAAGUCUUGGAGACAGAGUAGUAAAGCUAAUUGAUACCGGGGCACUGUUAAAUCAGUUAUUUGUCCUAGUCCCAAGGUGAUUAUUUUACCGACUUUUGGAUUGUCCAAGUGCGUUAAUGCUUCUUUUAAUAAUGCCGAGACUGAUUGGAAAAUGUCUGUUGAAAGGAGUUCUUGUUUUGCUUCUGAU